UUCUAGCACCGAUAGACCGGAAUAAUGGCGAUACUGCCGUUAUCUGCCCGGUACUAUACAGACAUGUUUUUGGAUGCACGUUUACCUGGAAUCCUGACUAUGAGAGAGUCGAGAAAAGCGAGCACGAUAUUCUGCAACGAUGCAAGGAAGACUAUGAGAAAGUAGGUAUGACAGCGGUGGGAAAAUGGAGGAACGAGGGGAAACUAGGUAAGGCGUACAUCAUCCCGAAGGAUAAAGACCUCCAACGAUGGAGGCCUAUCGCUCCGGCCUGUGAUGACCCGGCUAGGUUGGGACAGCGUCGGUGUGCCAGGGCACUACACUGCUUAAUCACACGAUAUGACAAGCGUUUGAAUUUUCAUCUGGCAUCAACUAUCCAGCUGAAAGAAGAAGCGCUACGAGCCGACACGGAGUUUGGAGAACAAGGAUGCAGUUUGGCGAUAGGAAGAUGCUAUGACAUCAAGGAGAUGUUCUCCUCGAUUCCACAUGAUGCCGUGAGAAGUGCGGUGUUUGAACUCAUCCGAGAUUUUGAGAACAAGAAUUGGUGUCAAGUAAAGGUCGCAGUAAGAGGAAGACUGAUUGUUUUGUCGAAGACUGACCGGAAGGAAGUCGGAUAUGUAAAAGUAGGUAUGAACACUAUUUUCAAGAUGGUCAACUACGACUUAUCACAUGCGUACAUGAGGUGCGGAGAGACGAUCAGGCGACAGAUCGUAGGAAUACCUAUGGGAAAGACGAUGAGCCCGAUACUCGCUACGGUCACAUGUGCCAUGGAUGAGACGAAGUUCCUAAAAUCACUAGGAGCGGACAAGAGACUUGUGAAGGGCUGGAGAAUGGUGGAUGACGUGUCCAUAGUCGUGGGAUGCAACAAGGAAGGGGGAGCGUGGACAAGAGCACACGACAACCUGGACGCAUUCGAAGCUGCGUACGAUCCGCGCCUGAAGUUGGUACGCAAGGAUGAUGGGAGCAAUACGUGGCAGUUCGUUGGAGGGCGAAUGUACAUCAUGGCAGAUCCGGUCCAGGUACAUUUCGUUCAAGAUAUCAAGAAUGCAGACUGCAUAAGGCAAGACGGUAUGCUCCGGUACCAGUCACUACAAGAUUUCGUGAGUUAUUCAGAAAAAAAGAUGAAGAAGGCGGUUAUGACCGCGAACCUAAAGAGGAUCUGGAACUCCUCUACAUCUCCUGCUCUCACGGCAAGCACUAUUGCUUAUGCGCUACUGGAGAGCGACCUCCGAGGCUACCCCUCAGAGGUCUCUCUCGGCGCCUUGGCUAAGCUUGCCAAGGUUACGGGAGAAUCUAUUCUGGUCAACCUGAGAUUAUAUUGGCUAUCUUGCCAUAAGAUUCUGAGGAGACUCGAUCCGUGGAACUUCCUGCGAAACAGUUACGGGCUGACGAGCUGGGACACGGAACAGCGACUCGGGAUUUUCACAGGCUGCAACUUCUCGAAGUAGAGCAUUUCGACGAACAUGUGUGCCUUUAUCUGACGACUUGAGACAUAAAAUUUUUCCGGA